AUGCCCUUCCGUUUUGGAGAAGAAAAAACGCAGCUCUCCAGUGCAUCUACGAGCUUGAGUGGCACCCCUAACACAAUCUUACAUUUCGCAGCAUCGCCGCGUCUUCCAAAACGCUACAUACGCAUGAUAAUCGGGAUAUUCAUAAUAUCCGGGUCUUUGUAUCUUUCGCAGCUUCAGUGGAAAUUCCUUCAAGCUACAUCUACGGAGGGAUACACGGUUCCGUACCCAGAUGCCCAGGACGCCUCGCCAUUCAACGAAUCAGCCCCUAUCAACUCGACAAUCCCGCCGUUACCGCCUUUAUACGAACGAUACCGAGAAUACGAAGACGAUUUGUCUGUAAACAACCUGCUGAACCAUGCAGGCGGGAUUGCAGAGGGUAGCUACAUAUUCUUUGCAAACCACGCAAGUGGGUGUGGGUGGGGAAAUGUGCUUCAGGAAAUGGUGUUCAGCGCCAUGUUGGCGGGGGAAGCGAAGCUCGGAUACGUGUGGGACGACUACACCUGGGACAGCAGCGGCAAUAAUUAUUCAGACUAUAACGGCCGGGUUAUCACCUCGCGAAUACCCCUUUCCACUAUGAUCAGAGGGCAUAUACUAGGAAUCGACGAGUCGAGUAGCAACACACGCGCCAACCACUCCAUCACAAUGCCCCCAUCUAUCUCAAGCAGAGUUUUCGAACGACUCUGCCCACGAAUCGAACGAGUCGUGAUCGAUAAAGAGACAGUCGAAUCAUAUCUGCACACCACCAACAGCAACAUUCGGCUCCCCGAAGCCACUGGAAAACAGGUACUAGACGCAUGGCUCGCAGUGCUCGAAACACCCAAGUACAAAAACGCGCGUUGCAUCGAGGUUAACAAGUUCUCGCCAGACCAUGCCUUUGAUAUUUGGCUCCUUGGUUCGCCGCGAAUGCAUUCGCUUUGGCCCACCCUGUCAAACUCUCCAGUGCUCAAGCUAUGGUCAUGGUCCCCACUCAUCAAACGCGCGUUCCUCAAGAACAUCAGGAACUUUGCAGCAGAGGGCGAUUUACAGAUCAGCCUUGCCGAGUACCUCAAAGGAUGGUGGACCUAUCUUAACCCAGCCCCUGCCAUUAUCCGCACUGCACCUUUUAAUGCAUCCAUACAACAAGAUCCCAAAGUCAGGAUAAAGCACAGAGCCAAAAAAUAUCUUCUGAACGAUACGCACACUCUCCCAGUUCUCGCAUUGCACCUCCGCCGAGGUGAUUUCGCAGAGCACUGCAUCCAUCUUGCGGAAUGGGGGUCGACGUAUACUGGAUUCAACUCAUUCCCAGAGUCUCGAGCUCGAGACGCGUUUGACGUCCCGGACGUCGUCGAAGGGCUCGAGGAAGCUGCAAAUGGCACAAGUGCCAGUGAUCCGCUCCAAGUGGCGUCGAUGGAAAGGAGGAAGGAGGUCUAUGCCCGCCAUUGUCUCCCAGACAUCCAGCAAAUCGUGAAGCGCGUCAGGGAGGUCGUAAUGGAUUAUGCGGCAUUGGUGCAUGAGAAAGAGAGGCUAGAGACAGAGGUCGUUAUCCGAGCGCAUAAGAACUGGCGUUGGUGGAUACCGGAUGUCAUUGUUGAAAAGUUGCAACACAUUCGAAACAGCACGACCACCAAUUCAGUAAAAAUUGGUGCAUUUGGGUUGUUAGAAACGAGUCAGACUAGAGUGGCGACGGCAGCGAACAAAUAUUUCAAGAAAAUCUACAUAUUGACAAAUGGCGAGUCUGGCUGGCUGGACGAAGUGAAACAUGCUUUGCAGCAGGAUACAAAGGAGUGGGAUGGCAUACCAUGGGAGUGGGAAGACAUUGCAACGAGCCGCGAUCUACGUCUCGGGUGGGAGGAAAAGCCUGUGUCACAGGCGCUCGAUAUGUACGUCGCGCAGAGGGCGGAGGUGUUUAUUGGAAACGGAUUUUCAAGCUUGACAUCCAACAUCGUCAUGUUGAGAAUGAUGGCAGGAUUGGAUUCGUUGCAGACUCGGUUCUGGUAG